GUAUCAUCAUUUAAAAACCAGGCAAACCACGAUCUUUUAGACAAAAGUAACCCUUUAAGUAGCAAUACAUACAGCCAGAAAUUUGGACUUUUUAUAACAUUCUUUUUGAAAUUUUAAAUUGUUCUAUAUUAUGUUUCAACUAGUUUUUACUGUUUAAGAUCCGAUUUCCUCAUAAGUAGGGAAAUAUGUCCGUUAUGUUGGCAGCUCUGGGAAUAACAUUAUCCGGGGGCAGGUUAGACGGACUGUUAUCCGUUCCUUGUCGGAGAAAGACAACGGGGGUUCGGACCCGUUUGUUAUUAAUAUUUUUUCAUAUUUCAAAUUCUUUCGUUUCCUCAUAGCACCACGUAGUCAAAACUAAAAACAAAUCAUCCAAUUUCACCGGCCCACCAAAUUCCCAGUGGUACACCCCGUUGAAGAUAGGCGUUUUCGGAAAAUGCGUUCACCGACGACCUGAGGGCCCAGGACGAGAGAACAGCACGGCGGCGUUCAACCACGAGCAGAGAGAAAUCCUAGAAAGAUGAAUGACAAACUGAUGGACUUCGACUACAAAUACCUCGACGAGGACAUGCUCAGGGGGUUCGACACGUAUAAAUACUCGGCGGUGGACACGAACCCCCUUUCGAUCUACAUCAUGCACCCCUUCUGGAACAGGGUGGUUCGGCUGUGUCCAUCUUGGGUCGCCCCCAACCUCCUCACUUUCCUCGGGUUCACGCUAAUGCUCGCCUCCUGGACUUUCCUCGCCUACCACGACUUUCAUUUCAACGGCUCCGUUCCCGAAUGGUUGUUACUCGUCUGCCCGGUCCUCAUCUUCCUGGGCUACACCCUCGACGGUAUCGACGGCAAACAGGCGAGGAUAACGGGGACGAGCGGACCUCUCGGCGAACUGUUCGACCACGGGCUAGAUUCCAUCACGGCCGUCCUCAUACCGACCAGCUUGUAUUCGGCGUUUGGAAGGUCUGUCGGUUCCGUCCCCCCUGUCCGUUACUACUGCGUCCUAUGGAACGUCUUCCUUACUUUCUACCUUACACAUUGGGAGAAGUACAUUACAGGAACACUCUUCCUGCCUUGGGGGUACGACUUCUCGAUGCUUUCUACCGUAGCGGUUUUUGUGUCGUCAUAUUUCCUCGGUGAGAACAUGCUCACGAUCGAUAUAGGAUUCGGCGUGACGACUGGGAACGCCCUCGAAGCUGUAUUCUACCUCACGUCCAUCAUCGCCACUCUGCCCGUGACACUAUACAACAUCUGUAAAUCGUACAAGAACAAAACCGGGAAGAACCUGCCGGUCUGCGAAGCCCUCAGGCCCAUGAUACCCCUCACGGGUCUCAUGGCGCUCACAAUCUUCUGGGGCCUGACAUCUCCGUCGGCCGUUAUCGAAACCCACCCGAGGGCCUUCUACAUGUUCACAGGGACUGUGUUUUCUAACAUAACCUGUAGACUGGUCGUCGCGCAGAUGUCAGCGACACAAUGCGAAAGUUGGAAUUCGCUGGUUAACGUCGUAGCUAUCGGCUUCCUCUUUUCACGGAUCGUCCCCUUGCUCGAGAUCCUGAUAGUGUACGUCAUAUGGAUAUACACUACCUUCUGCCACAUACACUACGGAACUUGCGUUGUGAGGCAGAUGUGCGACCACUUGAGGAUAAAAUGCUUCAAGAUAACACCGAAAACCGAAUGACAAGAAACGGCCCGAGGAUCGCCGUAAGCGGAUGGCGCUACGACCGAAAACGUGACAUUCCGUCGAGUCCGAAAACAGGCCCGACCAAAAUAACAGAACAGCCAAGCAAAACAAUAAAAACCUGUAAAAAGAGAGAGAGAAAUUACCACGUCAUUUUGUUUUUAGUUGUAAGGUAGUUUUAUUUAAUUGUGUACUUUAGUCAACUUUUUGCGAUUGUGAUUUUAAUUUUAUUUUACUCCGCUGGUACAAAUACUCAACUUAGGAUAGAUUAAUUGUUGAAAAUAAGGCCUAAUUUGUUUUGUUAAUAUUUUUGUUCAAAGAAAAGAAAUCUCCUUGCUGUUAUAUACCUUACUGCGAUUGAAGUGUUCUCAUCUGUAUAACAUUUCCUUUUUGCUUGCAGACACCGAAUUAAUUAAAAUUAUAUCAAUAAAAUAAAGGCACCUUGUCUUUUACCCCGAUUGUACACAUGUUGUAAAUGCUACAUAUUGAUACUUAACUCUAUUGAUUUAGAACCUAAUCAAAUUUGAAAAUGUUCACAAUGAAUGUUCGAUUUUUUUUGUUUUUAUUUUAUAAUAUUCGCAAUAUAACUGCAAUUUGUUGUA